AUGGUCCCUGCACAGUCCUCUCUAAACAUCUCCUUCUUCCAGCCACCAGCUUUCCUCAUGGUCGGCAUCCCAGGGCUGGAGGCUCUUCACUGCUGGAUAUCCAUCCCUUUCUCCUCCAUGUACACUGUGGCGCUCACUGGAAACUGCCUCAUCGUGCUGGCUGUGAGCAGGACCCCUGGCCUGCACCAGCCCAUGUACUACUUCCUGUCCAUGCUGGCCCUCAGCGAUGUGGGCCUCACCCUGUCCACACUGCCCACCACUCUGUCUGUGCUCUGGUUUGACUACUCCUUCAUCGGCUUCAAUGCCUGCCUGGUCCAGAUGUUCUUCUUGCACUUCUUCUCGGUGGUGGAGUCCUCUGUGCUCCUGGCCAUGGCAUUUGACCGCUUUGUGGCCAUCUCUAACCCUCUGCGCUAUGCAGCUGUUCUCACAGAUAAUGUCAUCGUCAGGAUUGGGAUGGCCAUUAUAACUCGAGCCUCUCUGUCUCUCUUCCCAUUACCCUUCUUGCUGAAAAGACUGAACUAUUGCCCAGGCAAGGUCAUCUUGUCACAUUCAUUCUGUUUCCAUGCAGAUGUCAUGAAACGGGCUUGUGCUGACAUUACUGUCAACAUCCUGUAUGGGUUGUAUGUGGUUCUGUCCACUGUGGGUCUAGACUCCUUGCUUAUUGUCCUGUCCUACACCCUUAUCCUUCAUACAGUGAUGAGGCUGGCAUCUCCCAAGGAGCGGGCCCAUGCCCUCAAUACCUGUGUUUCUCAUAUCUUAGCUGUGCUGGUGUUCUACAUCCCUGUCAUAGGUGUGUCCAUGAUCCACCGCUUUGGGAGGCACCUGCCCCGCCUUGUACAUGCUCUCGUUGCCUACGUGUAUCUGGUGGUGCCGCCUGUGCUAAACCCCAUCAUCUAUAGCAUCAAGUCCAAGCCCAUCAGGGAGGCCAUGCUCAGGAUUCUGAGGAGGAGAGGCCAAGGUUAA